UAUAAGGGCUGGCGAUUAACUCUGACAAGUUAUUUUCUUUUACCAAGCAAGCCAACAUCACAUAACAGACACACACAUAGCCAUAAUCAGACCAGGUCACUCGCGAAGAAAAUGUCUUUUGUACCUCCCCCACCAAAAAGCCUUCUUGGCCGUUAUCGGCCCUUAGCUCCUGCCGCCUCGGUGAAAGUGAGCCCAAUAUGCUUGGGAUCUAUGAACUUUGGGGACGCAUGGAAAUCCUUCAUGGGGGAAUGCGGCAAGAAGUCUGUCUUUGAGAUCCUCGACGCCUACUAUCAAGCCGGCGGCAAUUUCAUUGACACUGCCGACAAUUACCAGAACGAGGAAUCUGAAAUCUGGAUUGGAGAAUGGCUGGAAGAUCGUGGAGUUCGCGAUCAGAUCGUUCUAGCGACCAAAUAUUCGACUGGGUACCGCGCCUAUCAGCCGGACGAAAUCCAGGCCAAUUUCGUGGGUAACAACACCAAGAGCUUGCAUGUUGCAGUUAAUGCCAGCCUCAAGAAGCUGAGAACAUCUUACAUCGACGUGCUCUACCUGCACUGGUGGGAUUUUGCUACUUCUAUCGAGGAGAUCAUGCAGUCUUUGAACCAGUUAGUUGCCACCGGUAAAGUACUGUAUCUCGGGGUCAGCGACACCCCAGCCUGGGUUGUAAGCAAGGCGAACCAGUAUGCUCGGGACCACGGCCUACGCCCGUUCUCCGUCUACCAAGGCCGAUGGUCCGCUUCCCGGCGCGAUUUCGAACGAGACAUCCUUGCCAUGGCUCAGAGCGAAGGCAUGGGACUUGCGCCGUGGGGCGUGCUCGGGAGCGGCAGCUUCAAGUCCCGGCAAGAACGUGUAGCUUCUGAAGGGGAGGGACACAACUCUCUGCGGCGCAUGAUUUUCCCGCCCACCGCGGCUGACACCGCGGUCUCAGAGGUUCUGGAGAGAAUUAGCCUAAAGCAUGAGACGUCAGUGGCCGGUGUCGCCCUUGCCUACGUCUCCCAGAAAGCCCCUUAUGUGUUCCCUAUCAUCGGUUGUCGCAAGGUCGAGCAUCUGAAGUCGAGCAUCGACGCUCUUCGCGUGAGCCUGACCCAGGAGGACAUGGAUGAUAUCGAGGCAGCCGCGCCCUUCGAUUUGGGAUUUCCCAUGAACUUCUUGUUCCCCUCCAAGUCUACAGGCCCCGCAAACGUCCAGAUGAUGAAUGUGGCGGGACAUUUUGACUAUGUCAAGGCGCCGGAAGCUAUUCGUCCUCAGAGCAUCAACUAGCUAGCGGUGAUCGCACGACGAUGACAAGUAGCAGGUAUUCUAAUUCGUGUUUAGUCAUGCAAGCGCUAUCGUCUGGCUUUCCUAUGUCAUAGUUAGAUGACAAGGAGUACACGUGGCAAUCAAAGGACAAGGUUAUUCAAUAUAGAUUCAUCCCCGAAGCAUUUCCAUCCAGUAAAGGGCGGACUUUAAAUUACAGAAUAAUAGUGCUAGAUGGCGAAUUAACAUGCAUA